CCAAACAGAGCCCAUCUCUGACCCCCGGUCCGUUUGACCCAAAAUACCGCCACUUCCUAAUUACCAUGACGAUGACCCCUGCUGUUAAUCAAUACAGUAUGCUCUUAGGUCUCCAAGGGAAAGGAAAGAGACCACAUGAUAUAUAAUAUAAACAGUAAUGUUCCUGGCUCCCCUGCUGUAACCCUCAGUCUGAACAUCACUGUAGCCUCACAUUACGCAUUACGGAAUACAAGUUAUGAAAAAUACUUUUGCAACAAUGUUGUGACAUUGUAUGGAUAUAAAGUAAUCAACAAUCCCGCUGUUGUUUCACACUUAGGCAAUGCGUUUGGUUUUAUUUUACAAGCAGUUCCGGUAAUCUGACAUAUUACUAAUCUGGUCUUGAACUGCGUGAUGAAGACAAUCUUUAGGGUUGUUCCUGUUCACGCUGACAGCUCCCAGGUAUUCAGGGAAGAAAACGCAGCGCAUCAACCAACAGGAAAGGAGCAGCGAUGUCUCAGACUGGCUGACAGGUCAGACUGGCUAGCUCACAUUUUUUGGCACGACCUUUAAACCUCCAGCCACACAUUAGCAAGAUUCAAUUGUUUCUUUGACUUUGUUAAUGUUUCUGUCAAUUGACAGGAAUAUAACGAACAGCCCUUUUAGAUCUUUAAACUUGAGUAUGGAAAUGUAUAGAUUUUCUGGGCAGUUUUGAUUCUUACUUAGGUCUACAUACUCUUAACUUACAAUCUCUCUCUCUCUCUCGAAGCAGAGUUGAACAUAUCUUAACAGAAACAUUAGUCAACGUUAUCUUUCCAUUAUACUGGAAUCCGUUGUCUUCAAUGGCAUGAUAGCACAGCUUCAUGAGGUUUGAGCAAUUCAAGCAAGUGACCCAAGCGCAUGCUCAGGUCCCUCCGUGGCCACCAGAGGGCCCCCAAGAGCGCCUGAAAUAUCCCACGUGGACCUUGAAACGAUUUGACGUUAUGUGUUUUUUUUUGCGAUGUUAUUUUAAUGGUAAUCAUUGAUGAUAAAUACGCAAUGCAACGGACGUUAGCUCAAUUCAGUCAGACGAACGUUAGGUUACAGUCCUCUCCUCUGCUUUGCUAUGGAAAAGCUCAUCUGAUCACGAUCAUCUUUAUUUAAUAGAUUUAGUAUAAACUUUUUAAAUUACCAUUUCUAAGUAGAAAAAAGGAAGCAAGAGAGCUACUGCUUGUCUCAAUUAUUUGAUUUGAAAGAUAGUUGUUUGUUUUGCCCUUUUGAACAUUAUUUUCGCAUAAAGCCAUUAAAGUUGUUGACUUGUUUAUUGUAUUCAUACUUAUUAAUCGCCAGGGAGAAAUUAUUUUUCUGCAUUUAAUCCUCCUAUGCUUAAUGAGCUAUGCAUGGUCAGAUCGAUGUUUUAUAUUUUAUGAAAAAAAUUCCUCCAAAAUUAACAAAAUGUAACAGCCCUCUCAGUCACCUCAUCGCAAUCAUUUCUACAAUUCACAUACAAUAUUUGUCUAGAAAAUGUAAUUUCACCACUGUAUGGUAAAAAAGAUAAAUAUCUUUCGAAAGUAAAGAUAGGAACGUCAUUAUUCAGAGUUGGCAUUUGCUGCUGAUGAUGUCACAUGGGAGGUCACUCUGAUAUUCAUGCCACUGAAUAUAUUAAAAACACCACAUCGUCUCGGUUUCACAAACGAUUUCCUAAUAGAGUGCCUCAGUUGGUGUUCCCCCUUUUGAAGAACCGCUCAUCAACCAGCUCAUCAACCAGCUCAUCAUCCAGCUCUCAGCAGACGACAUGAAUUGCAUCUACCGUACCCCUCUGCUCACCAGCGCGCUGCCCCCCCUGCUGGGGGCGGAGUUCGUCCUGGGGGUCCUGGGCAACGGCCUCGCCCUCUGGAUCAUCCUGUUCCGCCUGAAGCCCUGGAAGAGCAGCACAGUCCUCCUCUUCAACCUCUCGCUGGCCGACUUCCUGCUCAACGUGGCGCUGCCCUUCCGUGCCAGCUACUACUCCGCAGGCCUGACCUGGCACUUCGGCCCGGCCUUCUGCAACAUCUCCCUCUUUCUGCUGGCCAUGAACCGCAGCGGGAGCAUCUUCUUCCUCACGGCCGUGGCGGUGGACCGCUACGUGCGCGUGGUCCAUCCCCACCACGCGCUCAACUCGCUGAGCGUGGUGAGAGCGGCGUGCGGCGCCGCCGGGCUGUGGCUGCUCACCUUCUCCAUGACGGCCCACCUCCUCGCCCUGCCGCGCCCUAACGCCACCGACUGCGAGAGCUUCCACAUCAACUCGGGGGGGCUCGACGUCGUACACUUCUGGCACAGGAGCUUGUUCCUGCUCUCCUUCUUCCUGCCGCUGGCCCUGAUCGUGUUCUGCACCUGCUCCAUCGUGGCCCACCUGAGAAGGAGGCAGCUGGCCCGUGAUGCGCGCAUUAGGAAGGCCCUGUGGCUCCUCAUGGUGGUGGUGGUGGUCUUCGCCGUUUGCUUCCUGCCUAGCAACAUCACGCAGCUGCUCAUCUGGUUGAAGGAGGGAUCGAUCGCCGGUGUUCACUCGGGGACAAAGGCCUGUGACGAGAUGGAGAACUUGAACACGGCCUUCUACCUGACCAUCAGCCUGACCUACCUGAACAGCGCCCUGGACCCCGUGGUCUUCUACUUCUCCAUCCCCCCCUUCAGGAACAUGUGCAGGCGGGCCCUGCGUCUGGGGAGGGCCGGAGACACCGGCGACGAGGAGACCACCCAGUAGGUGGACUCUUAGUCUGUCAGCAAGCUGGGAGGCCAAGCAGUCACUGCUGUUCCCCGGGAUUUACCUUGCCACUUACCUGUCAAUGUUAAGUCACAGCAGAGCCACCGUUAUGGUUUGUUUGGCAGACAAAGACAAUGACAGGAUGUGAGUAUUAAUCGAGGAAACUAGGAAUUGAAUUGCCCUGUCACAUCAACAUUUAAACUUUUGUAUGUAUGUAUGUAUUUCAAAGUUACUUGAUUGGUCAUUUUCUAUCAAAUGUUCAAUAAGAGAUGUCGAGACUAAAAUGCGGUGAGUGCUGUAGUACAAAGUGAGGUUGAAAAUAUUUUUAAUUAAGCCAUAUAGAUUAAUUUUAAUAUUUUUAAUUAAGCCAUAUAGAUUGUUACAUAAAGAAGCGUUAAAUGGCUUAAAUCAAGUGAAGGGAUUUGAACAAAAGUUCAAAAGUCUAAAUGGAGUAAACAAUGUAAACAUGCACAGCAUUUAAGAAAAAGUAAAUGGUUGGAAAAAAAUAAAGUUAUGGCUGAAUGAAAAGAAAACAAUCAUUACUGCAAUCCACACAAAAUAUUUGUCUCUGAAUUUCACCAUGGCAACUUCAGUACAAUAGUGUUAACAAAACAACAACAAAAAACAGUGUUUCCUGUUCUGAAACAAGCAACAUGUGGAAUCCACUCAUUAUUUAGGGUGGGCUUGUCUGCUGCUGCUGAUGAUGGUUUGUUAGUGGAGCUCUGAAUACAUGGCCACAUGCUACUGAAUUACAUGAAACUUUGUUUGUCCCAGCCAGAUCGUCUGAGGGAAUUUCUCUCAGCUUAGUGAGAAAAUUAACAAGAUUACAUUUAGUAGUCAAAAUAAGAAGUGAACGUUUGAAGAGCAUCUCAUAAAUAGACCGUUUAUAGACGCUGAUGUAGAGUUCCCUAGAAAUUCCGAAGAAAAUUAACUCAGCAAGCCCAGAAACUUAUGAGCAAUAGGCUACUUUCACAAGCACUUCCUGAUUCGCCGUAAUACAGCUCAUCAGCUUCCGGUUCCAAGAUGGCAACGUUCUACACCCGGUGUUUACAGGAGCUGCCGACAAUAAAUAUCACAGAUGUGCAUCGUUUAUGUCGGGAAACAAAAACUCCGACAAGCAAAUUGGAGAAGGGGUUUAGGCUGUAUGCUUUGAACUACAUUCACAGCUACGAAGCAGAAGUACAGGUACAUUGGAAUAAUUGUGAUUCUUGGAGUCCGCUUUAAAAAAAGCACAUCUUUAUUUUAAGAGGGAGAGAAUAUAACAGUAAGCAUUCAGGGUGGUAGGCUUUUUCUAGCACAGUUGAAGUACUUACCUUCAUAAGAAACAAGUUGUUUUUUACACCCAUGAUGCUGAGGUUAUAUUUCUAAUGAUUUACCUUUUUCUCUUAGAUCAAGCUUUCUGAUUCAUCAGCCAAGGGAUGAAAAAAGAAAGAGUUAAUCUAUGGGCUGGAGCAGCUGUCCGAGAGGAAAAGAAAAAAAGUAUAGCUCAAAAACAACAAAUACAAAUGCAAUGGCAUCACGUAUAAUUACAUCUAACUACUUAUAAAGUACUGUUGAUGCACGUGCAGGUGCGACCACUUCUUUUUUUCUGGGCAGCUGAUUUGGCUCUGGAAACACGGACCAUCUUGUGGAGAAGGCUCAAUCAAAGACCAAAAAGCUAUCAGAUGGUUGUAGCUGGCAAAUCUAUUCACAGAAGACAUUGCAUAAAAAUGUUCAAUUAGAAGUGUACAUCAAAAGUAUACAUUGUUACCAAAAUAAUGUCAACAGUAACUACUAAGAUUAAGAUUUUUAUCAUAUAUAUAUUAUGUAGCAGGGUGACCUGUAUUUCUCCCAUAUAUCUGUUUCAGCCUCAGUCACCUCCCUUUUACCUGUAUUGUGACUUGUGCCACUACGCAACGGUUGCUCUACCGGAUGGCGUCGUAACUAUUCCCUCUUUGGGUGCAGUUCAAUAACUGCACCAACUUCCUGUAAGACAACCUGAUGUGUGUGGAUAUCCAAUGCCCUAAUGUGUUCUCUGUGCUCUCUUUUUAGAGUAGUGUUCUUGUCCGGGCCGUAUCUUUGGGAGGCGCGGUUUGGUGGUUUUCCGUGUACUUGCAUGUAGAUAAGUAGGGUGUUACCUGCUCAAUUCAUACAUUUGUACAAUUGUUUAUUAAUAGUAUUUUGUUCUAGGACCAGCAUUGGUGGAGUUGGAGACGGUCACAUUCUGGCGCUGGCGCUUCAGUGCUCCUAUUUUCAUCUCAUAGAAUAAUAAGAUGACUUUUUUCAACCAUUUAAAAAUAAACUUUUGUGGACUUGAACUGGAAA